AGCAGCACAGUGAAAUGUCAUCCUGCUAUCCUGUCUUUAAAGCAGCGCAGUGAAAUGUCAUCCUGCUAUCAUGUGUUUAAAGCAGCACAGUGAAAUGUCAUCCUGCUAUCCUGUCUUUAAAGCAGCGCAGUGAUGAUACGUUAUUACAAUAGAGGCAAUAAUAUCCACAGUGGCCCGUAGAGACCGUCCCAUUACGCCUGUCUCUGAUUGGAUAACUCUAGUCCACCAUGCCCUGCAGCUGUCUUUGUGAGUAUAAAACUCAGUGUAGGUGUCUGCUCAGGUCUCAGGUCAGGGAGUGAAACCCCUUCAGAGUGUGUGUGAGAGAGUGUGAUGCAGCUGCUGUGGGUGGUAGUGGUGGGGUUGUUAGGAGUCUUUGGGGCAGAGGGAACGGAGGCUGUCUGUCGGAUGCUGGGGAGCCCAGAGUUCCCUCUGCUGUCCAAGGAAGGAGACGUGACUAUAGGAGGAGCCUUUUCCAUCCACAGCAAAACCACACAGCCCCCGCUCUCCUUCACAGAAACACCACCCCCUCUCACCUGCUCCAGUGUAAACCUCAGAGAGUUCCGGUUUGCUCAGACCAUGAUCUUCGCCAUCGAGGAGAUCAACAGCAGUGACACUCUGCUUCCGAAUGUCUCUAUUGGAUAUCGUAUUUAUGACAACUGCGGCUCGACUCUGUACUCUAUACGUGCGGCCAUGGCCCUGAUGAACGGUCAGGAGAGGACGGUGGGAAAGACCUGCUUCGGCCAAACAGCAGUUCACGCCAUCAUCGGAGAGUCAGAGUCCUCCUCCACUAUAGUGAUGUCACGCACCACCGGUCCAUUCCAAAUACCUGUGAUCAGCCACUCUGCCACAUGUGAGUGCCUUAGCAGCAGGAAGGAGUACCCUUCUUUCUUCCGAACCAUCGCCAGUGACUUCUAUCAGAGCAGAGCCCUGGCCCAGCUGGUCAAGUACUUCGGCUGGAGCUGGGUGGGAGCGGUCAACAGUGAUAGUGACUAUGGCAACAGCGGUAUGGCUAUCUUCCUGGCUUCAGCCCAGGAGGAGGGUGUCUGUGUGGAAUACUCAGAGAAGUUCAGCCGGACGGAGCCAGAGAAGCUGUUAAAGGUUGUUAAUGUGAUCCGAGGUGGGAAGGCCAAGGUGAUCGUAGGCUUUCUGGCCCACGUGGAGAUGAACAACCUGCUGGAGGAGCUCAGUCUGCAGAACAUCACCGGCCUACAGUUUAUUGGUGUGGAGGCCUGGAUCACUGCAGACAGCCUGGUCACCCCUACUAGCUACAGUGUGCUGGGGGGUUCACUGGGGUUCGCUGUCCAGAAGGCCAACAUCAGCGGCUUCUCUGACUUUGUGAUAAAGCAGUUCUGGGACACGGCAUUUCAAUGCACAGAGACAAGCCACCAGGAGAAUGCAACAGUGAGUAGUCCUUGUAGUGAGUAUCAGGAUCUGAUAGAGCUGAGAGAUUAUAAUGCAGACGUGGAAGAGCUCAGAUACUCUAGUAAUAUCUAUAAAGCCAUAUAUGCAGUGGCCCACUCCAUGCACAGCUUGCUGAAGUGCAAAGAGGGACGCGGAUGUGAUCAAAAUGUGAGAACUGAACCUUGGCAGGUAGUGGAGUCUCUGAAGCAGGUGAAUUUCACCAUAAAGACAGGGGACCAGGUGUGGUUUGACAGUACAGGUGCUGCAGCAGCCAAGUACGAGGUGGUGAACUGGCAGCGUGGGCCAGACGGAGGGGUCCAGUUUAAACCAGUGGGCUACUAUGAUGCCUCCCUACCCCCUGGACAACAGUUUGUCCUCAGGACAGAGGACAUCAUUUGGCCUGGGGGGCUCCAACAGAUGCCCUUGUCAGUGUGCAGUGAGAGCUGUCCCCCAGGCACUCGUAAGGCUGUACAGAAAGGAAAGCCCGUAUGCUGUUAUGACUGUGURCCAUGUUCAGAGGGAGAGAUCAGCAACGCUACAGAUUCUAAUGGCUGCAUACACUGCCCUGAUGUGUACUGGUCCAAUCUUGGCAGAGACAAAUGUAUAUUUAAAGCUAUUGAGUUCCUGACCUUUACUGAGGUCAUGGGGAUUGUACUUCUGCUUUUCUCCUUGUUGGGAGUGUUUCUAACUGUGCUUGUGGCUAUUCUCUACUUGAUAAAGAAAGACACUCCCAUCGUCAGGGCCAACAACUCUGAGCUGAGCUUCCUGCUGCUCUUCUCCUUGACUCUYUGUUUUCUGUGCUCUCUUACUUUCAUUGGCCGGCCCUCUGAGUGGUCCUGUAUGCUGCGRCACACAGCGUUUGGGAUCACCUUCGUCCUCUGCAUCUCUUGUGUUCUGGGGAAAACAAUAGUGGUGUUGAUGGCCUUCAGGGCUACYCUUCCAGCCAGUAAUMUCAUGAAAUGGUUUGGUCCUCAACAGCAGAGACUCAGUGUUCUGGCUUUCACUCUCAUACAGGUCCUGAUCUGUGCUCUUUGGUUAACAGUCUCCCCUCCUUUCCCKUACAAMAAUAUGAAAACCUACAAGGAAAAGAUCAUUCUAGAGUGUGAUGUGGGGUCAGCUAUUGGUUUCUGGGCUGUGUUGGGGUAUAUAGGACUCCUGUCUCUCUUGUGCUUUGUGCUGGCUUUUCUGGCUCGGAAGCUGCCUGAUAACUUCAAUGAGGCCAAAUUCAUCACCUUCAGCAUGCUCAUAUUCUGUGCACUCUCCUGGGAAGCAGUCUGGAUCACCUUUAUCCCAGCUUAUGUCAGCUCUCCUGGGAAGUUCACUGUAGCUGUGGAGAUCUUUGCUAUUCUGGCCUCUAGUUAUGGAAUGCUCUUCUGUAUAUUUGCACCUAAAUGUUAUAUAAUCCUGUUUAAACCUGAGCUAAAUACCAAGAAACACAUGAUGGGGAAUAUGAAAUGAAAUUAAAACUUACAAUAAAAACAUGUAA